CCUUUGGACUGUCAAAGUCCUUCAGAGAGAGAGAGAGAGGGGGAAAGAGGGAGAGAGAGAAGACUCAGAUAGAGAUAACACCUGAGCAUUAGGUGAGCUCCUCCUUCGGACUGGGAGUAGAGACAGGAGGAGGACAUGGCUGGGUACAAGCCCAGGGUGAUAGUUCUGAGUAAGAAGCCAGGUCAUAGCUUUGGCUUCUUCCUGAGGGUGGAGAAAGGCGAGGAUGGUCACCUGAUCAGGAACCUUGAGAUGGGCGGGCCGUCCGAGCUGGCGGGUUUGAAGGAUGGAGACCGCAUUCUCCGGGUCAACGGAACCUACGUGGAUGAAAUGGACCACUCACGGGUGGUGGACCUGGUGAAGGAGAGUGGUGCAUCCGUCACCUUCCAUGUUCUGGAUGUGGCAUCCUACAAGCAGGCCAAGACUGAGGGGGUGGAUCUUUCUGACCCUCACCCCAAACCCACCCAGCCCACCAUGAACGGAGUGGCAGGAGAGGCACCCAAACCUAAACUCUGCUACCUAGCCAAGUCUAGCGGGGGUUACGGCUUCUCUUUGCGCUCUGUCAAAGGUGAGGUGGGCAUGUUCAUGGCAGAGGUGAACCCAGGGGGUGCGGCCGAGAGGGCAGGGGUCAAGGCCAACGACCGUCUGAUAGAGGUCAACGGGGAGAAUAUGGAGAACGCCACUCAUGACCAGAUAGUAGAGAAGGUCAAGGCAUCAGGCAGCAGAAUCAUGUUUCUAUUGGUGGACGAGGGCACAGACAAGUUCUACAAGAACAAACGCAUCAAGCUUGGUGCGGGGCUAGCCACAGUGAAGUUCCUCCCACUGAAGCCACGCAUUGUAGACUUGUUCAAAGGAUCAGACGGCUAUGGAUACUUCCUAAAGGCUGAGCCUAACAAGACAGGCCAUUUCAUCAAGGACAUUGACAGGGGCAGCCCAGCUGAUAGGGCGGGACUAAAGGAGAUGGACAGGCUGGUUGCCGUGGAGGGAGAGGAAGUGGACAGCUGCAGCCAUGAGCAGGUGGUGGACAGGAUCAGGCAAUGUGGCAACAAGUGCUGCCUCCUGGUGGUCGAUGAAGACACGGACAUGCUCUACAAGAUGGGAGGCGUGUCUCCUCUUUUCUACUUGGAAGAGAUGGGAUUCCUCCUUCCAGCGAGCCCUCCACCCAGCUACCCAGAGUGCAUCCCGGCCCUUGCCCCAGCCACCACAGCGCUCCUCAAGCUGUGUAAGAUGGAGAAGACCUCCGCUGGGUACGGCUUCCACCUCAACAGUAUCCAGGGGGUCUGUGGCCUGUACAUCAAUGAGGUGGUGAAGGGCGGAGCUGCAGACAGGGUGGGUAUGGAGGACGAUGACAUUGUGGUGGAGGUGGACGGUGUAAACGUGGAGCAGAGCAGUCACCAGCAAGUGGUGGGGUUGAUCCGUAACAGCGGCAGCUCACUGGUGCUCCUAGUGGCUGGGAAGCAGGCCUACAACCACUUCAAAGCCAAAGGGGUGGCCAUCACACCCCAGCUCCUCACCCCCGCACCCACAGCCAGGUCCCCAUCCCCACCCCCCUCCCCCACAGCCAGGUCCCCAUCCCCACCCCCCUCCCCAGCCCAAAGACACACACCAGCCCAGAUAGACACGCCAGCCACUCUGGAGGAAGUCCGAGAGGAGGUGGAGGAGGAGGAGGAGGAAGCCAUACAUAAGCCAUACAUCCCACUGCCCCAGACACGAGAGAGAACUCCAUCUGUGUCUUCAGCAGCAUCAUCUUGCUCGAGUGUUGAUGAGAGACUCUGAGAAGUCACCAAUUAGAAACAACUUCCUGACUUUUUCUGUCUCCCGUCAACCUUUGUACCAUGCAGGAUAAUGUGGAUAUCUUGGCAUAAAAACUCUGAUCAAACUAAA